AAAACAAGUUGCUGGAAACGAAACAAUAGUUAUUACCCAGCGAUCUUAGUUAUAACUGUUAAUUGUGUAAAUAACCAGCCAUUUAGUUCUUGUAAUGGUUAAAACGUCUUGGCAAAAGAAAAGUAAUCAAAGUCUCUCAACUGUAAGAAAUCGAAAAGAAAAGUCUUUUCAACAAGUUUUGUGCAUGGAAUGAUGAAAUGCUGGUUGUUAACCAUAACCGAUCCAAGUUUUAUCAUUAAAAGUUAAACAAUGCAAACUAAUUCUUUGGUUUGAAAAUUGAAUGGCAAUAUAAUGGUGGCUGGAAAAAAGUUUAUCGGCAUUUUCAUUAUUGGUGUUUGUUCGCUAUUUGCCAAAGUUUUUUCGAAAUACGUCGAAGGACAUUUGAAAACCUUGGAUAACUGGGCAUUUGUAGCCCGAUUUUGUUUCAUUUCCGGCAAAGGACGAUACGAGUAUGAAAUUGAAUUUGAACGACGUAUGGGUGAACCACAACUCCUGCUAUAUUACGAUGAUGAAAGCCAAUGGCCAGCGGUUUAUAAGACGGAUACGACUUGCCAACAAAAAUUAUCGGUUUUGAGUGAAAUCAACAAUCAAAUUGUCACAUUGUCAGCUAGCUCACCACACAAUUUACAAUCAGGAUGCAAAUUAUAUUCGAAAAAUAACAAUCCCAAGGCACCGUCAGACACUUCAACUGAAAAACCAGUUCAACCGCCAUUCGAUUCGACAUAUUUUGAUCAAUUUAUAAAAACAACUACAGAGCCAGUAACUUCGCCAGAUCCUGUUAAUUCAACGUAUGAUUUCGGGACAGAGUUCUUCAACAACACUGACUAUAAUAUGACUGACACAUUCAACUCGUCUGAAUUUGUGAAAAUUCCCUAUUCACGUGACAUGACUUACGAAAAUGAUUUGGAAAAUGGUACCGAGUUUAUAAACGAUGUAGAAGAAUUGUUCACAUCAACAAGUCGUGAUGAUGUUAACGACAAUAUUCGUUUGCCACGUGAUAUCGGGAACAGAGGAACGAAAAAGGAAAAGGGAACGGUUAUGGUGAUAUGCAACAAUGUGGGUGGUUUUACAAGCUCAAGAGAACGAUGGUGGUACAUAGCAAUAUCGAACUGUAGAAGCACGAAAGGUCUUGAUGUUAGAUAUCGAUUCCGAAUGACUAAUGGAGUAUUUGGAGACUUUUGGCAUGAACAUUUUUCAGCUGACGAGAUGUAUAUUCCACCGAUACUUCUUGCGUUGAGUCUAAUUUACUCGUUCUUGUUGAUUGCCGUAUUUAUAUGUUCAAUCGAACUCAAAACAUUGCAUUUGUUUCACUGUACUUACCGCUUGUUUGCGUUCAGUGUGGUUCUCUACCUGAUGGGAAUAUUAUUACAGGGUGUCGCUUAUGCUAAGUAUGGCCUAACUGGGCUGGGACCGAAUACCACAUUAGGUGCGUUGUUCAUGGGAGCAAGUGAAAUUUCGUUCCUUACGUUGGUUUUACUCAUGGCGAAAGGAUAUACUAUAACUAGAGCGAGAUUGUCAAGUGCUUCUACAAUAAAACUGACAGUUUUCGUUAACCUGUACAUCGUCACUUACAUAUCUCUGUUCAUUUUCCAGUCUCAGGCAUUCGAUCCCGGAGAAGUUCUUAAUCUUUAUGAAUCACCAGCUGGAUUUGGGUUAGCCGGCUUAAGAGGCAUCGCAUGGGCUGCCUUCAUAAUUUCAAUUGUGAAGACGAUUAAGAAAUAUCCGGAGAAAGGAUCCUUUUACUUUCCGUUUGCCUUUUUCGGAACGUUGUGGUUACUGGGCGGACCGUCAGCAACAUUUUUGGGUAUUGCUGUGUUGGACCCAUGGGUCAGGGAAAGUGUGAUGUGUGCCGUUUCUGGUGCUUUGUCUGUGGCUGGACAUUCUACAUUUCUGUAUUUGACAUGGCCAUCCCGUGCCAAUAAAAGUUUCCCUUAUCAUGUCAGAGCGAAUCAUGUUGGAAUUGCUUCAAAUGACGAUGACGGAGCGGACUAUCCCAGACAUAUGUACGAACCGGCACUGCCCGACCAAAAUUUAAUUAUACCUCUGUCUCGACGAACCGAAGAGCUUAUACACGGCGUUUACGGCCAAUACUUGAUUGAAAGACAAAUCAAUACUAUUGGCAGCAACUACGAUAGAAGUCAGUCAGCUCAGGAUGAUGAUAAUGCAUCCGAAAAUUCGCCCGAUAAAUAUGGUCCAACCAAUAACACCCUGUACUCAGCGAAUGAUGUAAAUGGAGAAAGACAAUCUAGAGAUGCAGAACAGGUAGACUCUGGACAUCCGUCGCUGGAAACGUCCGUUAGUCCCAAUGAGACGACAGCAUCUUCAGCACAAAAUACACCACGUAAUACACGUAAGAUAUCAACAGACACAAAUGACGGUGUGUUGAAGUAUAAUCCCUUUGUUGUUAACGGAGUUAAGCGAGCUCCGAACAAAGUUAUUUUAGAGCCAAUUGAGAAUUCGGUUAAGGAAAUGGGCAUGGUACCAAAGCAUUUGUUUGCCGCAAAAAAGACCAAAUAAAUAGAAAAUUUGACGAUUGAGAUAAAAUGAAAUUAAAAUGUUUGCUGAAAUAAAUUUGUACAAAAAAUGAAAA